AUGCACAUAAAGGAGAUUUGCUUGGAUGGGUUUAAAUCAUACGCGACGAGGACAUUGGUUCCGGGUUUUGACCCGCAAUUCAACGCGAUUACGGGUCUGAACGGGUCAGGGAAAUCGAACAUCCUCGAUUCCAUCUGCUUCGUUCUGGGUAUCACUAAUCUUCAACAGGUACGAGCUGCUAAUCUUCAGGAACUCGUCUACAAGCAAGGCCAAGCUGGGAUUACCAAGGCUACUGUAUCCGUUACUUUUGACAAUUCCGAGAGGAAUAAGAGUCCUCUCGGCUACGAAGACCACUCGGAGAUAACAGUGACUAGACAGAUUGUAGUUGGUGGAAGGAACAAGUAUUUGAUCAAUGGGAAGUUUGCUCAACCAAGUCAAGUCCAGAAUCUUUUCCACUCGGUGCAACUUAACGUCAAUAAUCCACAUUUUCUCAUUAUGCAAGGGCGUAUCACCAAAGUUUUGAACAUGAAACCACCGGAGAUCUUAUCAAUGCUUGAAGAAGCUGCUGGUACAAGAAUGUAUGAAAACAAGAAAGAGGCUGCGCUGAAAACGCUGGAGAAAAAGCAAACCAAGGUUGAUGAGAUAAAUAAGCUCCUAGAGCUAGAAAUAUUGCCAGCUUUGGAGAAGCUGAGGAAAGAAAAGAUGCAGUAUAUGCAGUGGGCUAAUGGUAACGCAGAACUAGAUCGACUGAAGAGGUUCUGUAUCGCUUUUGAAUAUGUUCAAGCAGCGAAAAUUAGAGACAAUUCUCUUCAUGUGGUUGAAGAAAUGAAGACGAAAAUGGCAAGUAUUGACGAAGAGACAGGAAAGACACAAGGAGAAAUAGCGGAACUGGACAAACAAAUAAAAGCUUUGACUCAGGCAAGGGAAGCCAGCAUGGGGGGAGAAGUAAAAACUUUGUCUGACAAAGUGGAUUCUCUGUCUAAUGAAGUGACACGUGAAUCAUCCAAGCUUAAUAAUAUGGAGGAUACCCUUCAGGGCGAAGAAAAGAAUGCCGAAAAGAUUGUUCAUAAUAUAGAAGAUUUGAAGAAAUCUGUAGAAGAGAGAGCUUCUGCUCUGAAGAAGUCCGACGAAGGAGCAGCAGAUCUAAAACGGAAAUUUCAGGAACUUUCCACCACACUGGAAGAGUGUGAAAGAGAACACCAGGGUGUACUGGCUGGUAAGAGUAAUGGAGAUGAAGAGAAAUGCCUUGAAGAUCAACUACGUGAUGCAAAGAUUUCUGUUGGAACUGCUGAAACAGAAUUGAAGCAGCUGAAUACCAAAAUCAGUCACUGUGAAAAGGAGCUAAAAGAGAAAAAGUCCCAGUUAAUGUCAAAACGAGAAGAAGCUGUUUCAGUGGAAAAUGAACUUGAUGCUAGACAAAAUGAUGUCGAAAGUGUAAAAAGGGCACUUGAUUCUCUUCCAUAUGAAGAGGGUCAGAUGGAAGCACUGGAGAAGGAUCGAGGAUUGGAACUUGAAGUUGGGCAAAAGCUGAAAGAUAUACUGCGCAAUCUUUCCGCUCAAUUAGCAAACGUUCAGUUUACAUACCGUGAUCCAGUGAAGGACUUCGAUCGAUCAAAGGUGAAAGGUGUGGUUGCAAAACUGAUAAAAGUAAAUGAUAGGUCCUCAAUGACAGCUUUGGAGGUUACUGCUGGUGGAAAGUUAUUUAAUGUUGUUGUAGACACAGAAGAUACUGGAAAACAACUCCUUCAAAAGGGUGAUCUUCGGAGACGAGUUACAAUUAUUCCUCUCAACAAAAUUCAGUCUCACCUAGUUCCACCUAGAAUGCAGCAAGCUGCUGUAAGAUUGGUUGGAAAGGAUAAUGCGGAAUUGGCACUUUCUUUAGUUGGUUAUAGCGAAGAAUUAAAGAAUGCCAUGGAAUAUGUUUUUGGUUCCACUUUUGUUUGCAAAACUACCAAUGCGGCUAAGGAAGUUGCUUUUAAUAGGGAAAUUCGGACUCCUAGUGUGACACUUGAAGGUGAUAUAUUUCAGCCAAGUGGUCUUCUUACUGGUGGAAGUCGCAAGGGUGGAGGUGAUCUGCUAAGGCAACUUCAUGAAUUGGCAGAGGCUGAAACAAAAUUUCACGUACACCAGAAAAGGUUGUCUGAAAUUGAAGCGAAGGUCAAGGAGAUUCAACCAGUUUACAAGAAGUUCACAGACAUGAAAGCACAGUUGGAGCUGAAAAUGUAUGACCUGUCCUUAUUUUUAAAAAGGGCUGAACAGAACGAGCACCACAAGCUUGGUGAAGCGGUGAAAAAACUUGAGGAAGAGUUUGAAGAAAUGAAAUCCCAAAUCAAAGAGAAGGAAAGUUUUUACAAAAGUUGUGUUGAUACUGUCUCCACACUAGAGAAAUCCAUCAAAGAUCAUGAUAAGAACAGAGAGGGAAGACUCAAGGACUUGGAAAAGAAUAUUAAAAGUAUCAAAGCUCGUAUUCAGGCAUCCUCAAAAGAUCUGAAGGAUCAUGAAAACGAGAGAGAGAGGCUUGUGAUGGAGCAAGAAGCAGUGGUGCAGGAACAGUCAUCUUUAGAGAGCCAGCUAGCUUCAUUGAGGACGCAAAUUAGCACUCUGGCUUCAGAUGUGGACAAGCAACGAGCCAAGGUGGAUGCCAUAGAGAAGAAUCACGAUCAGUCUCUCGCUGAGCUCAAGUUGAUACAUGCAAAGAUGAAGGAAUGUGAUACACAGAUAAGUGGUGUUAUCGCAGACCAGGAAAAAUGUCUGCAGAAGCUUACUGACAUGAAGCUUGAGAGAAAGAAAUUGGAAAAUGAGGUAACAAGGACGGAGAUGGAGCAGAAGGAUUGUUCUGUGAAGGUAGACAAACUUGUUGAGAAGCAUACAUGGAUAACAUCCGAGAAGCAGCUUUUUGGAAAAGGAGGGACAGAUUAUGAUUUUGAAUCCCGCGAUCCUUAUAAAGCAAGAGAAGAACUUGAAAGGCUCCAAACAGAUCAAUCAAGCCUCGAGAAAAGAGUGAACAAGAAGGUCAUGGCUAUGUUUGAGAAAGCAGAAGAUGAAUACAAUGCUCUUAUAUCAAAGAAAAAUAUAAUCGAGACGGACAAAUCCAAAAUCAAGAAAGUGAUCGAGGAGCUUGAUGAGAAGAAAAAAGAAACACUGAAAGUUACAUGGGUUAAAGUUAAUCAGGAUUUCGGUUCCAUUUUUUCAACUCUACUACCUGGCACCAUGGCGAAACUAGAACCUCCAGAAGGAGGUAGUUUCCUUGACGGUCUUGAGGUUCGUGUUGCUUUUGGAACUGUCUGGAAGCAGUCUUUAUCUGAACUAAGUGGAGGACAAAGAUCUCUUCUUGCACUAUCUUUAAUCCUAGCAUUGCUUCGCUUCAAGCCAGCUCCUCUUUAUAUCUUAGAUGAGGUUGAUGCAGCUCUUGAUCUCAGUCACACGCAGAACAUAGGAAGAAUGAUAAAAGCUCAUUUCCCACACUCACAGUUCAUCGUGGUUUCGCUAAAAGAAGGAAUGUUCAACAACGCCAAUGUUCUCUUCCGAACAAAAUUUGUGGAUGGUGUUUCAACGGUCCAGAGGACAGUAACAAAGCAGAGCAAAUAA